AGACAUCCACAGAUAAAGCAAGGAGAGAGAGAGAGAGAGAGAGAGAGGAGGAAAGAGAGAGAGAGAUCCAGCCAUCAGAGGAGACUGUAGGAGCAGGACAGCAGGCAGGCUGUGCGUCAGCCGGUGCUCCAUAGGGAAACCUGGAGAUGAGCAGGAGAGGACGCAGGAGCUCAGAGUAACGGGAUCAGAUAGAUGGAUGUUUCAUCAAACAGGCAACAAACAGGCAACCUGAAGGCAACCCACGCAGCGGAUAAACCACUUAUGGACGCAGUGGAUUAAAGAUCUGCAGACAGACUGAGAGGAAGAUAGAGGGAGGGGGGGACCGAAGAGGAGAGAUUCAUCAGUUUACUUCUUUAUUUUUAUUGUCAGAGGGUACGCACUGUGUGUAUGUGCAGAUGUGUGUGUGUGGCUGCAGAAGGUAGGAGACUGCAUUGCUGUUCUCCAGCACCACACCAGAAGAAGCCGUUUAAGCUGAAUAUCUUUCUGUUCUCCCCAUUUUCACUCUCCCCCUCUCUCUCUCUUUGCAUACAUGUGUUUCACCAUUGUGCAAUAGCGCUCAAUAUGCAUGUGUGAGGGCUGAGAACGAAAAAAUGAUGAGUCUGAAGUGAGUCACAGAGCCUGACUUUAAUAUCUCCAGGAUUUUGUGUCUUUUUGGUGCUGGAUUUUUGUAAACUGGCUCAAACAAAAUUUCAUUUCUAUUUUGUUAAAAUUAUGAAGCUUUCUGGAGGCUUUGAUCAGAUUCAUGCUUUGGGUUGAAGGUCCACAAGGCUGCCACUGGGGAAACUUCUCAGCUUUACACCCCAGAGAGCUGGAGGCAUCAUCAGGUAGGAGGCGGCAGAACAAGUGGGCCUGAGCGGGCAGCAGCAGGGAGUAGGAGGAAGAGUUUGUGUCGUAGACUGUGUAGGCCGUCAGAGCUGCCUAAUGGUUGAAAUUCUAGCCGAGAGAGGAUAAUGGCAGCUUUGGGGCAACUCUCCUCCUCUCCCACCUGGAUCAUCUGCAAACAAGCUGAGAGGUGCUAGUGAAAGCAGCUCAGAACCAGCCAGGAGAAUGGUGUGAUCAGUCCACCUUGCUGACCCCUACACAGCUGAAAGGGGCUAAACUUCAUAGUUCACCUUUUUUCUUCUCUUUAUGCUCCGAGCUCCUUAAAAAGAGAGGUGGCAUUUCUCCAUCUGUGUGGGAGACAUCUCCACCCCACUCCCUCUUCCUAACCCCCAAACUCCACAGCCUACAAGCUUGGUUCAGUGGCUCGCUUCUAGCUCCAAACUGUCCUUCUUCUUCCUCCCUCUGUUUUCUUUUUCUUUUCUUUUUCUUUUUGUCGAGGCUUCAAGGGAAUUGCCAAGAGCUGUUUCAUGCAUGUCCACUGGCGGCAGGUUCAACUUUGAUGAUGGGGGGUCAUACUGCGGAGGGUGGGAGGAGGGCAAGGCGCAUGGCUACGGGAUCUGCACAGGACCCAAGGGCCAGGGCGAGUACUGUGGUUCUUGGGCCCAUGGCUUUGAGCUGUUGGGUGUCUACACUUGGCCAAGCGGGAAUACCUAUCAGGGUACCUGGGCUCAAGGAAAGAGACAUGGUCUGGGCAUUGAGAACAAAGGCCGCUGGGUGUACAAAGGUGAAUGGACACAUGGCUUCAAGGGGCGCUAUGGUGUGCGGGAGAGCACAGGGACAAGCGGAAAGUACGAAGGAACAUGGAACAACGGGCUUCAGGACGGCUAUGGAACGGAGACAUAUUCAGACGGAGGAACUUUCCAGGGCCAGUGGGUCUGCGGGAUGCGUCAUGGCUACGGAGUCCGGCAGAGUGUCCCAUACGGGAUGGCGGCCGUCAUCCGCUCACCUUUACGCACCUCCAUAAACUCUCUCCGUUCCGGUUCAGAGCACAGCAAUGGGACCGCUCUGUUGGACAGAAGCGGCGCGCUGGUUCCAGGUCAGCCCCCGGUUCCGGGAACUCUGACCACCAGCGUCUCCAUGUGCAGCACGGGCAGCAGCGGCAGCAGCCCCGCAGUGUCCCGCGGAGGCUUCGUGCUGACGGCGCACAGCGAGGCUGAGCUGCUGAAGGGGAAGAGGAAAGGAGGCCUGUUUCGGAUGUCCAUCCUGUCUGGCCUCAAGCUGAGAAAGUCUGAGUCCAGAAGUUCUCUGGCGUCACAGAGAUCCAAACAGAGUUCGUUUAGGAGCGAGGCAGGGAUGAGCACAGUUUCCUCAGCUGCUUCUGACAUCAACUCCACCAUCAGCCUUGGAGAUGCGGACACAGAGCUGGCUGUUGUGGAUGAUGAUAUUGACGCCACGGCCACAGAGACCUACUGUGGGGAGUGGAAGAAUGACAAGCGGACCGGAUUUGGUGUGAGUCGGCGGUCUGACGGACUGCAGUAUGAAGGGGAGUGGCUAAGCAACAAACGGCAUGGCUACGGCUGCACCACGUUUCCAGAUGGCACCAAAGAGGAGGGAAAGUAUAAGCAAAACAUCCUGGUGAGCGGAAAAAGGAAAAACCUGAUCCCUCUCCGGGCUAGCAAGAUCCGGGAGAAGGUGGACCGGGCUGUGGAGGGUGCUCAGAAGGCGGCAGAUAUCGCCCGACAGAAGGCUGAGAUCGCUCUAUCCAGGACGGCUCAUGCCCAGGGUAAAGCAGAGGCAGCGGUGGGAGCCGCCCAGAAAGCUCAUGAGGAGAGUCGAAUGGCGAGGGUCACCGCCAAGCAGUUCUCCCCAUCCUUCCAACACCCUGGAAAUGGUAUGGAGGUUCAGCGUCCCAAACGUCAGGUUUCCAGUGAAGUAGAGGGUGAGGGGCUGUCGAGUAGUGCUGGCACAGCGGAAAGCCCAGAUCUUUACACAAAAAGUGUUGCAUCUGAUGACCCCUCCAAUGAUGCUGCCACCCCCGACCUCAGCCCACCUUCUUCUUCACCGCCCCACACACCACCUCCACCUGCUCGGCCUUCACAGCGCAGCAAGAGCGCCCGUUUCCACCGUCAGACCGCCGUGGACCAUGGGGACAGGGGGAAGGAGGGGGGGGACAGAAACGAGAAAGGUGGGGAAAGGGUGCACACGGAGAUCCAAGUGCUGAUGGAGGGAGGCAGCGGGGGUGGUGAGCGAGGGACAAAAGAGGAGUAUCCACGGGCCAACAGCUGGAGUGAGGACAGGAGGAGGGGAAUGCUGUCAAAAGGGGGGAGCGGGAUCAGCGGUCGAGGAGGAAGCCGGACCAACGGACACAAACACAGCUCCUCCAAUCACAAAACACGGGAACAUGGCUCCAAUCACAGACAGGCUAGAGGAGACAGGUGGACAGAGUCAUCAUCAUCCACCACUUGGACGUCUGGACACAGAGGAACGCACAGCAGGGGGGGACGACUGUUGGAGCAGGACGAGGAGAAGAUCAGCAACUACGAGAUAGAGAUGAAGCCUUUACAACCCAGAGACUCCACUACCCACAAGCCCCAUGGGCAUGGGGAGGAAAGGCAUGGGCACACCCACGUAGAGGGGCAUUCACACGGCGCGCCAAGACAGAGGCAUAAGAAUUGGGAGGGGAGGGAGGGGGCUAAAGACUCAACACACACAGGGGACAGACAGGGAGAGAAAAUGGAUUCACGGCCACUACGGCGAGACCUCACCCUGUCUCCCCCCCUGAAAUCCUCCCCCAUCAUACCUGAUCUGCAGGACUUCAGCCUCACGCCACAUACAGGAAACUCUGCCUACAGCUCCAUCCUGGUUGUCAUGGUGAUUCUGCUCAACAUCGGAGUGGCUAUUUUGUUUAUCCACUUUUUUAUUUAAAGGCGGCAAUGAUUUCAGUGUCAACCUACCUAUGCUAGAAACACCACAAAAUCAUAAGAGUAUUACAGCAGAUCUGCUGCGCCUCCAUCUCCCGGCUGACCAAUCCGGACCAAGGAGGGCUCCAGCCUUAGUCGGGCUGAAAUCGGGGGAAACCCGUGCUGAGCCGGGUCCAGGCAGGGUGGAGGAGACGCUGAGCCCAAAGACAGCAGAUUGGCCCAGGGGAGGAUCCUGGCUGCAGGGAGUUAAGGUAGUCCAGAUGUUGGACUUAUCAAAGCUCCUAUAGGCCCUAACAGACUGAGCUGGUCUGACUCCUCAGUCCAGACAGAACUGAUGGACUGUUUCAUUGUCAGAUUAUAGUUUUAAAAACAUUUGUAUCUUUACAUUUAUUUAUUAACUUUAUCUCUUCUCAUUUGCAAUAUGUUGUUGAUUGUAUUGUUUAUUUUGCAACCCACCCAUCCUCUUUCUAAACCUCUGGCCUUUUACCUCCUCCGCAAGCCAGGCUGCUGUUACUGAUGGUUGGGGGUGUUGGGUUUGUGCUCAGGACCUGAGGAUGGUGUUCUCCUUCCAACCACGCUCAUUUAGUCUCAUUUUUCAUGUCAUCCUGAAUGCAUGUGUGCAUGUGGGAGCAUCUGAACCCACGCAGCGUGUGCAGAUGUAGAUCUGUAACAGACCACUUUAUAUGUCUGUGUUCUCCAAGUAGCUUAGCUGCUUCUCAUGCUGCUUAUGAAUUUUAUCAAAGCUUUUCACAUUGAGCUACAGGUACAAGCUACCAGGUAUGUUCUUCACACUCUGUUCACCUCCAGACAAGUCAGUCAGAGGAUGGGGAUCCCUUUGAGUUGCAGAUUUGAGAUGAAAGAGUUCAGACAAAGUUUGGAUCAGAGGAAAUACUUCUUCCACAGUGCCUUGUAGAAGUAUUCUGACAGCAUUUCCAACAUUUUCUCAGAUUUCAGCCAAUAGCUUAGACAUAUUGUAUGAUGCUGAUGACCAACACAACAAAACACAUGCCUGUAAAGUGGAAGGAGAAUAAUACCUGGGUUUUGAUUGAAAAAGUCCGAAUAAUUUCCCUAUUGACUGGCCUUACCUGGGUACAGUCCACUACAGCUACCUACUGGAGAUAUCCAAUCCCAGAGAAAAUCUCUUUAUUGUCCCACAAUGGGAAAAUUGUGAUGUUACCGCAUCAUCAAAAGAUUAUAGAUAUCUAUAUGUUUAGAUAUCUAUAUUGAUAAUAGAAUUCAUCGAAGAAAAAAAAUCGGAUUAUAUCGGCAUUCAUCAAAAAUCUAUGAGAAAAGCACUCCGCUUUGGUAUUUUAUCCAGCAGAGCUUGUAUCCCGCACACAUGGCCGACAUGAUUGCAACCACAUUGUCUGUUAACAGAGCAUAAAACGCUACGCUACAGGAGUAGCAGCGAUGUCUGCAGUGUCAUCCUACAUUUUUUUUAAUUAAAGUCUGAAAAGAUCAUUGCAGCUGAGUGCAAAACUUAUUAAACUCAAGGUUCCCAUCUUCAAAUGUAUUAUAUUUAUUUUAUGCAAAUGAAAAAUACUGUUAUACUUAAGUCUAAUGUUUUUGUGACCCAUUGGUAAAUAAUAAAUAGGUCAGUCUUUCUUAUACCUGUAGCUGUUUACUUUUGUGUUCUAUUUGAGAGAAAAGAUAUAUAUAGAUAAAAGAUGAGAUAAAAAGAAGUACAAAUGAUUUGUGCUAAUAUUGUAUCGGGAAAAUUAGCAGGAAAUUAAGAAGAUUUAUCAGGACAUCCCUACGUGACUAUCUUCUGCUGCCAUGUUAUGAGUAAAUAGAAUCCAACUAUUUAGUUUUAUCUUAGUGUUAAUCCAGCUGUUCUAUGAAGGCCUCAGAGAUUUGUUAGAGGCAUAUCAGAGAACCAUCACCAUGUAGACCCAAGAACCAAACAGAGAGUUCAGGGAGAUAGUUCUGGUUCACUUUAAAGCAGGUUUAGAUUCUCAAUAAUGUGGGACGGCAGUGGAGUCAGGUGCAGGAGUUUGCCCUGCAAUUGGAGUUGUGUUCGAGCCCCGGCUCUGGCCUUCUGUCUUGUUGUGUCCUUGGGCAAGACACUAUAUCCACAUUGCCUACUAAUGGUGGUUAGAGGGCCAGGUGGCACCAGUGUAUGGCAGCCUCUCUUCUGCCAUUGAGCCGCAGGGCAGCUGUGGCUAGAAUGUAGUUUGCCACAAUCAGUGUGUGAAUGAAUUGGAAAAUGACUGAAUGUAGUGUAAAGUGCUUUGGUCAAGUCUCCUGACUUGAAAACGUGCUAUAUUAGUACAGACCAUUUACCAAUAAUAUCAAAAGUCCAGUCCAUCAUGUGAACACAGAGAGAACAUGGACCAACUGCAGACUCGGUAAGCAAUGAAUUCCCCACAAACUGCACACCAGGCAAGGAGGGUAAUGAUCAGAGAGGCAGCCAGAAGGUGCAUAGAUGAAGAACUUGGGAGAAGUGGAAGAAGUUCAGGCAAUCUCUUGAAAUUCAACUUUUAGCCAUUGAAACAAAUGUCUUCUUUAUCGAGUCUUUAUUCCAAUUUGUAGUUUUCCAAAAGUGUUGUAGGAAGCUCCAAGAUCUCCAAGAAAACAUAGAGGUGACAUUUUGUGUUGCUCAAAUCCAAGGACUCUGAAAUGAUUCACACUACAUUCAGUCAAUCACACACAUGUUCAACUACCUAUGGUGGUGAGCUACACUGUAGCCACAGCUGUCCUGGGACUGGCUGGCAGAAGUGAUGCUGCUUUAGCAGCUGAACACUACCAACAGGCAAGGUGGGCGAGGUGUCUUGCCCAAAGGAACAACUAAGGCAGACAGCGGGUUGAACCAUCAACCCACUGGUUAUAGAACAAUCCCCCCACCCCCUGAUGCACCAGGAGGGAAGAUGCAUAAAGCUAAAUAUAGGAUAAUCAUGAUAAAAAAUGAUACAGACAGCAGAGGGUCUAAGAUUGGGGUAGAUGUUCAUCUUGCAGCAUCCAACCUAAAUUCACUGCCAGACCUUCAACGGAUGGGUUUGAAUCAAAUUGUAUUCAUGUUUUAAAAUAGCCUAUUGUAAGCUAGACCUGUAUCCUACCAAUAUUCUCUGGUCAGACUUUAAAAUUACUUUUUGAAGAAAUUCUGCAUCCAAUCGGACUGUACUUGCCCUGACAGUCCCUGGGUGGUUUAAGACAUGCCUUUAGAUAUAGAAAAACUUCUUAUAAUCUUAAAUGUCUUUUAGCAUCAUGUAUAAUAUUCCUUUCACUACCCAAUUGUGUUGGUCUGUAACAUACAUUUGAAAGAAAGAACAUAUAAACUGGUGUGAAUACUUCUGCAAAUCACAGCUUGGAAUUUUAAGAACACUAAAUUGUCUUUUUGUUGCAUUUCGGAGACUUGGAACAUCUACAACCUCCAAAUAAUUACUAACAACGACAAAUGACCUAUCAGCUCUCAAAAAGAGAGUUCUGAUGCAAUUCUGUCCACAAGUAGAUCAGAGAUGGUAACGGUGAUACUUUGACUUGAAGGGAGGGAAAACAUCUGGAAACGACAGCAGAGGUUAGAAGUGGUGGAAUGAUGAGUGCAGUGAUGGGGUUGCAGAAGACUACAGAUCAGACUGACUAGGGACACAGACAGGUGCUUAAAAAGCAUGUUUACACUCUAAAGAGGUUGAUAGUGAUCACAUUGUUAGUUUUCAUCAUACUAGGUGGUUGCAACUGGGCCUUAUCCAAGCCUAAAGAAGGAGUCCCUAUCGAGCAUUAUUAAAUACUGGUAAUGCUGUCUGAUGGAUCUGUGAGUCCUCUGUUAUGUUGGGCCCACCUUAAGUUUUCUGAAGAAAUGUUUUUAAGGCUACUGCAGCUGCUUGUAAUACUGUACUCCUGAUGUCACCAUCACAUCUUUAGAUGCUGUUGUAAAAAUCGAAUCUCCUUGCAUAUUCAAUCAUUUUAAAAACCAUCAGAGGUCUACGUCCAUUUAAAAUUACAACUAGAUGUUUUCACUGCACAUUUUUUUGUAUUUCUUUAGGUGGAGGGAUUGCAAAUUUUUUGUAGGAGCAAGUCUGGGUGAGGUCUGGCUCAGGACUUAAAACAGAAACUGUCAUCUACUUCUGUUCUGUUACAUAUUUACCUGCAUACUUCCAUUCUUCUUCAACAUUGUGUUAAAUACCAUCAGUAACAACUUCCAGGAAGGCAGAGAGGACAUUGAAGCUUAUUUUCUUUUAUUUCUAUCCUGCUUUCUUUCUAACAGUCCAAAUACAUUUCAUAAAGAGGAAUUGAGGGGAAAUGAUGCUGUAGGUACAUUUCUGGUGUUUCUCCAACUUAUUACAACUAAUUGGUUGGGUCUACCUGCAGCCUGAGGGGCCGGUUUUUGUUUUAUUCUGGAUCCCAGGAAAAAUGUCUGAGGCUCUGCUGUAUGCCCUCAGCCUGGCGACGAGGCCCUACGCCACCAUUUUAGUCUGCAGCAUGCAACAGCAUGCCAAGCUCUUUCUAUAGGUUUGAACUUCCCUUCUUCUUUCUUUCUUUCUUUCUUUCUUUCUUUCUUUCUUUCUUUCUUUCUUUCUUUCUUUCUUUCUUUCUUUCUUUCUUUCUUUCUUUCUUUCUUUCUUUCUUUCUUUCUUUCUUUCUUUCUUUCUUUCUUUCUUUCUUUUCAGGAAAUACUCUGUUUUUUGUUUUUCGGUUGUGUGGAGAAAAUAAUGAAAGUGUUUCAAA